GCCCGCCGGGGAUGGACCCGGUGGCUGGUCCGCCGAGUCCGGGCCGUCAGGAGCAGCAGGGAGCAGCGGACCGUAGCCGGUCCCCCCACAUCCCGAUCGCGGACGAGGCGGCCGACUUGAGCGCCGACUUCGCCCGGGAGCUGAGCAGGAUCAUCGAGAACGUCGACGAGGAGAGGAUCCACGAGAGGAUGGAGGAGUUCGAAGUGGAAGCAAGACGCAGUCGUUGGGAGGCAGAGGAGACAGUUGCACGACGACUGCGAGAGCGUUACGCAGCCGAGGCGGUUGUCGAGAGCAGCGUGAGGGACGAGGCAAUUCAGGCGGCGGAGCACAGCGCGAGACACGAGAUGCAGGCGAUCCGGGCCGAGGCGCAAGAGCGCGAACGGCUAAGGGACCAGCAGCUCUUCGCGGAGCUCCGCCAGCGCGUCGAGAUCGUAGAGCACGAGGCGGCCCAGAACCAGGAUGUUCGAUGGAGGCAGGUGGUCGAGGGCAUUGCGGAAGAAUGCCGCGACCGCUGCCGAGCAGAGCUUCACGGUGAACUCGGCGUACAACAGCAACAAUUCCUCUUGACCGAGGAAGGGGUCGAGCGGCAGGUCGCCGCGAGGUUCCGCGAGCUCGAGGCGAACGCCGAGCGCCGCGUGCGCUUGACCGAGGAGGGCUUGCGAAACGAGUGCGUCCACCUCGAAGGGCGCAAUGACGUGCUGGAGCUGCGCGCCCACACCCGCGCGGCUGAGGCGCGGGAGAAGCUGUUCCUCGACGAGCAGUCUGUCUUCGAGGAGCGGAUCGACAUGCUGCGAGAGCAUGUCCACGAGGAGUCCGAGGAGGCGGCGGUGUGGCGAUGGCAGAGCGACUCCACCCACGAGCAGCUUCAGGAGAGCAACAGGUACUCUGAGGUGUUCAGCACGGAGGCCAAUGAGUACAUCCAGAAGUUGGGGAACGAGAUCAGCGACGCCUUCCAGCGCUGCGCGGAGGCGACCGCCAGGGCAACGAGGACAGAGGCACUGGCGGAAAGUGAGAUGCGGAAGGUGGCCGAGGUCAGGCGGGAGCUGGCUGUGGCUCAGAGAUCCGCGCAGCACGUCGGGAUGACGCCGGCGCCACCGCCGCGUGCGCCGAUCACCAUGCUGCCCCCGCUCGCCAAGAGAGUCGUCAACCCGUUGACGUCUUCGGGAUUCCGUAUCGGGGACGCGGCGAAUCGUAGUCGCGUAGACCCUACGGCAACAGCUCCGCUGGCCGCCGCACCGGCGAUGCCGUCAGCAGCGUCGCAGGGCACCGUGCCAAGUUCAGGCAUCGGGGCGAGCCCGCCAGCGCAGCACUGCAUUGCCAGCAGCGACAGCGAGGACGAGGACGAGGCCUUCAUGCGCCGCCGCACGACGGUGAAGGAGAUGAAGAUCGACCCCCUCACGAGCGCAGCUGGUCUCCGGAAGUGGACCAACGCUUUGAUGACAGAGUGUUGCCGUGUUUCGAAUCGCUCAAAGGUCAGGGCGAUGAAGUACGUGAAGAGCGCGUUCGAGGCCGGCCGCGUCGAGGACGUCGAGUACAUCCCCAAGAAAUGGGACCUCUUCGACGCGGAGCUCUGCUCUGCGCUGAAGUCCGGCGCUUCCGGCGCCAUAGACCGCCAGCUGACGCUCUACCAGGAGAAGAACGCGCGCCUCGGCGCGCCCGCGUCCGGCAGGGCGGUCCUCUACAUGAUCCUCCGGCGCUUUGAGCUCGACCACGGCAAGGCGCACCGCGUCCACCUCGCGGCGCUCAACGCCUUGAAGUACAAUGGGGAUCUCGAGGUGUAUUUGGGCGCCCUGGACGCCAGGCUCGCCCUAAUGACAGUCGAGCCGGACGAGGCGCUGCUACUCGCGAUCGUCGAGCCUGAGCUCCGGAAGGUUCCAGACCUCGCUUUCGAGUUUGCUCAGUUCGACCGCGCCCUCGACGACGCCCCGGAGAAGACGCUGGAGUUCUUGCAUGAUUCGGCCAGGAGGGCGUGCGCGAGAGCUACGCAGAACAAAACCGUCGACGCCCUGACCCCGACGCCGAAGCAGGUGAAGCAGGUCAGGCAGGCGACCCCGAAGGGGAAGGCCAAGGCCGCGGCCAGGGAGCCAGCCAAGCUUGUACCUGAGCACCCACAGCACGUCCACUGGAAGGACAGCGUUCACGCGCCUACCGCGGCCUGGCCAGCAGGGGCCGCGGUCACCCUCGGGCGGCAGCCCGGCGACAGGUGCAAGUUUUUCGCCGACGGCAAGUGUUCCCACGGGGACAAGUGCAUCUACAAGCACGGCGACGGCGACAAGCGGGACCUCGCGGCGGUCUUGAAGGCGAAGCGCGAGGCUGACGCCAAGCAGAAGGGCAAGGGCGGCGGCAAGAAGCUGCACCUCUGCUCGUCGGAGAGCCUGUGGGGGACCUCCGAUAAGUGGGUGUUGGGCACCGCGGCCAGCUUCGACGCCUCGGGGAAGGGCCUCCAGGGGGCUCACAAGGAUCUCCACGACCAGGUCGCGGUCGAGACCGGCGGAGGCAACGUCCACUGCGAUCGCGCCGUCGUCGCGCACCUCAGCGAGAUCGGCGAGGACGUGGAGGCAACCGUGCUGGAGGAUGCGGACGAGACGGUCCGAGUGCUGACAGUUGGGCGCCGCUGUGCCCAGUUGGGCUUCGAGUUCACCUGGAAGCCUUUCGCUCCUGCUCCGGACGUUUUCCGGCCUGAUGGCCGGCGCGUCGACGUGAAGGUCGACCCCGAUUUCGUGCCGUACGUCGAGUCGCAGCCCAAGCCCCGCAGGGACCCAUCUGCAGGCGAGCGGCUGCUGGUCAACGUCGCUGUGGUCGACGACGACGCGCUGAUCGACGACGUCCUGCCUCUGGAGGCGGAUCCGCCCCAAGACGACGACGUGGAUCAGGAGGAGGACGAGCACGAGGAGGACGAGAAGGACGUGGAGCAGGAGGGCGGGGAGGAGAUCUCGCAGAUCGGCAUUGUUGACGAGACCGUGGAACCUGGGCAAGACGACGCUGCUAGGCACGUUGCCCGGGUGCUGGAGGGAGGCAUCACGAGCUACGACGGCGACCUGAUGCAGGACGACAAAAUCUUCCACCGGAUCCAGCUUGAGGACUCCGUCGACGACAUCGUGCUGCCCUGCGACACGUCGCGCCUCACGAAGGAGCACCUCACGUUGCACCAGCCGGCCAUGCCGAAGUACUGUCCCGGGUGCCGGGGAGGCAAGCACGCCAAGUGGCCUUCGCGGCGACGCCCGGUCAGCGGCGUGUGCGUUCGCUGCGCCGACGCGGACGAGAGGCCGUUCGGCGCGUGCGUGCACUUGGACCACAUCGUCAUGCAGCCGGGCUCGGAGGCCGCCCGAUCGGCGAAGUACAGCUUGAACAUGCUCGACGAGCGUGCGAAGUUCGCCGGAGUCUUUCCGGCGAGCUCCAGGGACGCCGACACCAUCGUCGAGGCCCACCACACCUUCGACAACGUUGUGCCUGAGAUCCGCCGCUGGUGGAGCGACAAUGCCCCCGAACUUGCGGCUGCGAGCCGCAGGAUCCGCAGGAUGCGGCCGUUCGCGCACUAUCGGAGCAUCCCACGUGCGCCGCAGAGCAACGGAGUCAUCGAGCGAUUCAACCGCACUGUGGUCGAGGGGGCCCGGGCUUUGCUCCUCAUGGCCGCCUUUCCGGCGUCGUGGUGGGUGUGUGCGAUCUGUUAUUGGUGCAUGCAGUAUAACGGCCACUGCAGGGGGGCGGACGGGUUCACUCCGUACGAGCGCCGCUACACGACGUCCGCCGAGUACGAGCAGUACCCGUUCGGAGCGCUAGUAUUCGUCGCUGCUGCCCGGCGCGCCGGGGCCAAACCUUCGAAAUGGAGCCCCAGGAUGGUGCCGCAUGUGCUGGUCGGCAUCGGCUGCGGGCCAGGCUUCGCGUGGAACCGGACGUACGGCGUCGUCAAGCUAGAGCACCUCCUCAACAGCGACCGGCCGUCCCGAGCAGGCAUCAGGUACUCCGCGGAGGUCGACUUCCCAGACCGCAUCAUAUUCCCCAUCCGCCAGCGCCUCAAGCUCGCCGGAGCAUCCAAGGAUGCGAGCUUCCCAGCGCCAGCAGUGACUGACGACAACGAGUCGUGGGCGUUGCAGCUGUCCGAGGUGAGCGAGGAGCCGGGCGACGAGGCCUACGACGGGGCCAUGGAGGAGAACGCCCCGAAGCUGGAGCCCGGCAACUUCGUCGAGUCCGUCGUGCUGGACCCCGAGGACUCGCAGGCGGCGGGCGACCCGGAGCCAGAGGAGGAGGUGGUCGAGAGGAACGGCGGCGAGCAGGCCGCCACCGAACACGAGCCUAAGGACGAGCCUGCCGAGCUCGGCCGUGCGGAGUUGGAGGUUGAGGGGAAUCGUGCGCCCAAGGGCUGGAGGAUUGACACCUUCCCGCACGGGCACCAUGCGAGGACGAUUUCGGUUCCGCCCUGGAGCCGGAGGCCGCCCACGGUCCUCCCCGAGGCAUGGCUCAUGUUCAAGAAAUCUCACCAGGAGAAGUUGCGCCAGGAGUGGAAGGAGAAGGAUCCCGUGGGCUUCGCCGCUCAAGAAGCUCGGAAGGCGGCAUAUGAACAUGCCAAGCGGACCAGGGGGAGCCUCCCGGCAAGUGCCGUGGACGCUGCACGCGAGGACGCUCGUGGACCCCCGGCUCCUGAAGUACCGGCUGUGGCCCAGCUCAUGUACGUGGGCAGGGAUCGGCCGAGCGCGACGCCCGAGAACGAGGCCGCGCAAGUUCAAGAUGUUCCUGCUGCUGCGACGGCCGGCGCGGUGGCCACGCGUCUGAGCCAAUCUGGACUGCAGGGCGACAUCUUGCGGACCGCUCGCACGAAAAUGCAGAGCGGGCAGUUCAAGGUUGUUGUGGUGGAUAUAUCUACGGAGGAGGAUUCGAAUAUCGCGGAGCUCAUGCCGCAGCACGCCCUGACCGUCAGAGUCACGGAGGGCGACGAGCUGUGCAGGAAGGAGACCAUCAGGGCGCUGCACGGCAUCGUCCGGGCUUGCAGCCAGCUUGGCAUUCCGCUGCACGUCUGGGUCAGCACGGUGCGCACGCCAGGCGAACUCCCAGACCGCCCUGUUGUGGUCGCUGUUGGCCUUUGCCGCCGCGUCGUCAAGCAGGGGGGCUACAUCUACUGGGGGUGGCCGCCGACGUCCUCCGUGUGGUUGCGCACCGACGUGCGGCAGCUGCUAGAGUACGCUGGAUCUGAUCCUCGUGACGUCUCGAUGGCUAGCCUCAGCGAGUCUGCCGUGGAGGGCCAGAGCGAAGACCCCAUCAAGCGCCGCACGAACGACCUCCUGCGCGUGUUCACGAACAGCGCGGGGCUCCUUAAGUUGCUCGAGCCGCACGCCCAGGUGCCGGAGAUGCCGCUGGAGUCGAUCGACGGCUGUCGCGACGAAAGUGUGGACCUCCGAGGGCCAUGCUCCCAGGAGCUCGCACGUCUGAUCUGGCAGUCCAUCUUGCCCAUCGCCGGGGGCCACGCCGACCACGACGACACCGCGCAGAACGACGUCGGCAGGAAGACGCCUAAGUGGUCCGUGCUGGUCACCCGGAAGGUCCCGCUGAAGUCGGAGGAAGCAAAGUCGGCCAAGGCACGGGCUGCCAUAGACAAGGACCUCAUGCGCGACAACUCGAAGGCCGAGGUCAUGACGGGCCGCAUCUUCGGGAUCUUGGGCGAGACCAACGCCGAAACGGAGCAUGAGGAGGAUAGGAGGAUGAAAUUUCGUGCAGUGUUCCAGGGAUCGAAUAUCAGAAGUAAAACGGGGACGGCGGCGGUGAACUUGUACGAGGAGGUGAGCAACAGCCCGGCGUCUUUCGUCGCCAUUCGGUGCACCAUGGCGGUUGCUAUCCUGAAGCGCCUCAGCAUCACGGUGCGGGACGCGCUGCAAGCCUACCUCCAGGCUCGCAUCAACGUGGACGGCAGGAUCGAGACGUGGGUUGAGAUACCCAGGGAGUGGUGGCCCGACUCGUGGUUCGAGGGGGGUGACAGGAGCAAGCCACUAUACGUUCGGCCCGUGUGCCUGCUCCUCCUAGCCUUGUACGGGCACCCGGAAGCAGGAGCCCUGUGGGAGAAGAAGCUCACCCAGGUAUUGCUCGGACUCGGAUGGCAUUCGGUGCCCUCUUGGCCGGGCGUGUUCGUCCAUGCCGACGGGGGCAUGCUGACCGUCUACGUCGACGACCUGCUCCUGGCGGCUCUGGGGUGCAAGGCCGACGCCCACUGGGAGGCGCUGUGCAAGAGCAUCGAGUUCAAGGACGAGCCGGCGCCGGUGAACAAGUUCAUUGGUGCGUACUACGCUCUCGACCCUUUCGAUCCGAAGCUCCCCGAUGCGCCUCGCACAGUCACGACGUCGAUGAUCGAUUACACCAGGGCGAUGGUAGAGCGCUUCUGCACCGACGCCGGCCUCAGGAUCACCAGGCCCGUGGACACGCCGUACAUCUCAGCCGAGUCCUGGGCGCAGGACUCCGAGGAGGCAGGGAGGUUUGCAGACGUCGCGGCGUCGCACUCUGCCUCGUCUCUCUUCUUGUGCCGUGUUGGGCGGCCCGACCUGGCUGCAGCCACGCAGCGUCUGUGUAGCGGAGUGUCGCGCUGGACCACUGUCCACGACCUAGCGCUCAUCCGUGUCAUGACGUAUGCUGCUUGCACCUCCACGCACGUCCUCAAGGGCACGCUUGCCCCGGCCGACGUGGACGAUCUGUUGCUGCUGACGUACUCUGACGCCGAUUGGAACGGCGACCCGAUGACCAGCAAGUCCGUGACCGGAUGGUGGAUUGAGCUGUUCUCGCCGGCCUCUGGCCGUAGCUUCCCAUUGUCUUGGGGAUGUUCGCAGCAGUCGUCUACUGGAGGAUCCACCGCGGAGACUGAGACAGUCGCAUUCUCCCAUGUCGUGCGGCGCGAGGCCAUACCGAUCCAGAUGCUCCUGGACGAGGUCCUCCCCUGCAGGAUUGGGAUAGCGUGCAGGGUCGACAACAUGCAGACGAUCCAAGCCGUGACCAAAGGAUAUUCGAAGCGGCUGCGCCACCUGCCGCGCACGCAGCGCGUCUGCGUCGGCAUGCUGCACGAGAUGUUGAACGACCGGGACCUCCAGCUGAGCAUAGAGCACUGCCCCACCUUGCAGAUGAAGGCCGACCUCUUCACCAAGGUCCUGAAUGGCCCGAAGUUCCGAGCAGCGCUGGAGAUGAUCCACAUGAUGCCACAGGCUUGA